AUGGAACGGGCCCUACCCGCACUGCGAACCGUACCCGACGACGAUGCCCCCAACGUGUUGAAUGUCGCCUUUUCGACGGUGAAGUCAAGCGACUUUGAGAAUCGACGUAUGCCUCAGCAGGAGCUAUUCGGAAAGCUUACAGGGGAGGAAUUUGGCGUCAAGGAACGCGAAAUGGUCGAUCGAUGGUUCAAGGUGUUCAUACUCCACGGCGCAGGCCUCAAUCACCUUGGAUUCCCACACUGGUCUGAACUCACAUUCAACACCCAGGACCUUGGAGGUCGUUUCCGCGAUGCGGGAGAUGCAGUGUCUCGAAUAUUUCACACAGGCGUCAGCAAAGAUCCUUCCUAUCAGCACAUCAUCCAGCACCUUCCAAAACUCACGAUGGCCAAGGUUUUUGUACAGUCCCCACUCGGGCAUCCGGAGAGUGGCUUCAUGAAGGCUCUGUACACCAAGAGCCGGGCUCGAGAGUCACUUUUGAUCCAGCUUUACGGACAGCAGGUGCCUUCCCUCUGCUCUUGCUGUGCUGAACGCUACAUCACGUCUCCCGUUCGGUCAGGCGCCCAUCAGAUCGGGCCAUUUCACGAGUGCAAGGUUCUGAAGCUUGGUGGGCACGCAAUCGGCGACGCAACAUGUGGAAACUGUCACCUCCUGGGUCUGCACUGCACCUAUUCCAACGUGCGGUAUUGGGUUCUGGAUGCCGACAGUACGGACUGUCCCAGGACGCAACUGGCAGGAAAGGACAAAGCGAGGCUGCAGAGCUUCAUGGAAGCAGAGGCACAACCAGAGGGGUCCCAGACAAGUCCCCUGGAGAGGGCACCCCGCAUCACCAGCGAGCUGCCCGGUGUCAACCUUUCCGUCGCAGAACGACAGGCAGCCGUGGCGCGAGCACGGGCGAGAAUACUGGAAAUACUGCCAUCCGACGAGAGUAGGCCUUCUGGUAUACAGACCAAGACCUGGGUCAACAUCAAUGCCGACGCGUAG